AUGGAGAAUAUAUCUAUCUCGAACAGCCGCAGGGUAUUUCCGGUGGUGUGUAACGAAUCCACGGACUACUAUUAUCUGAGCGCGACUAACCGGACAGAUCUGAACUGCACGCCCCAAUCAGAGUUCUACUUUUACGCGGACCUCUAUGUAGUCCUGCCUGUGAUCUAUUCGGUAAUAUGCGCCGUGGGUUUAACGGGGAACACGGCCGUUAUCUACGUUAUCCUCAAAGCGCCUAAAAUGAAGACGGUGACCAAUAUGUUUAUCCUAAACUUGGCGAUAGCCGACGACCUGUUUACUCUGGUCCUACCCAUCAACAUCGCCGAGCACCUGCUCCACUACUGGCCCUUAGGAGAGGUGCUGUGUAAGGUCAUCCUGAGCAUAGACCACUAUAACAUCUUCUCCAGUAUCUACUUCCUGACGGUCAUGAGUGUGGACCGUUAUCUGGUCGUUCUGGCGACGGUGCGUUCCAAGCGUAUGCCGUACCGCACGUACCGCGCGGCCAAGAUAGUGAGCCUGUGCGUCUGGAUCCUCGUGAUUCUUAUCGUGAUGCCUUUCACUGUAUUCGCCGGGGUCUACAUCAGUCCCGAUGACUUGGACCGGAAAAGCUGCGUCCUCAGCUUCCCGAGCCCGGAGAGUUUGUGGUUCAAGGCGAGCCGGAUAUACACCCUUAUCCUCGGCUUUGCCAUCCCGGUGUCGACCAUCUGUAUUCUCUACACCAUGAUGCUGUACAAACUACGGAACAUGCGCCUCAACUCCAACGCCAAGGCGCUGGACAAGGCUAAAAAGAAAGUAACUAUUAUGGUGUUUAUAGUCUUAGCGGUGUGUCUGUUCUGUUGGACGGGGUUUCACCUCAGCACCAUAGUGGCUCUCACCACCGACCUGAGGACCACUCCGCUGCUCAUCGGGUUGUCCUACUUUAUCACCAGCCUCAGCUACGCAAACUCUUGUCUGAACCCUUUUCUUUACGCCUUUCUGGAUGACAGCUUCAGGAAAGCGUUCAAAAAGAUGCUAGAAUGUAGACCGGCAGGAAUGUAAAUUUCUUACAGGCUUAGUGGAUAGUGGAUACAAUAUGGUGUGUUAAUACUGAUGCCAUUCAAAAAUAAACUAUGAUCAUAUUAUUUAUGUUUGCUUGAAUCUACAUUAGGUGAUUAUCAUUGUUGCCAUGGUAUGACUUAAAUAUUUAAUAUUUAAUAUGGAAUAAAUCAUAUGGAAUCAUAUGGAUUCUGGCCGGGAUUGGAGGGG